UGGGGCCGUGCCGAGGAUGAGACACUCCAAAUAUUUACCACUUGGCUAACUAAAUAUCUUUAUUUCUGAACUGGGCUUCCUCCAUUGCUCUUGUUCAUUUACAUACUUUUCGACCACGUAUGAGUUUCGGUGGGAUUUCGCCUGAAUAAAGUGGAGUGUUCGUAGGUCCACGACACACGCUUAAAAAAGUCGACAAAAUGUAUUCCUCUACUGGAGCCUCUGAGAUGGCCGAGGGACCCCGUUCCUCUGGGUCAGCAAGCUCUGAACCCCCAUCUUCCCCAGUGCCAGAAUAUGUGUUCAAGCCUCCAUCACGGCCAGACUUUGGCACCAUGGGCAGGACAAUCAAGCUCCAGGCCAACUUCUUUGAAAUGGAGAUCCCCAAACUGGAGGUCUACCAUUACGACAUCGACAUCAAGCCCGAGAAAUGCCCCAGGAGGGUCAAUCGUGAAAUUGUGGAGCACAUGGUCCAGCACUUUAAAACACAGAUCUUUGGUGAUCGAAAGCCAGUGUAUGACGGGAGGAAAAAUCUCUACACCGCCAUGCCUUUACCCAUUGGCCGAGACAAGGUGGAACUCGAGGUGACCAUUCCUGGCGAAGGCAAAGACCGCAGCUUCAAAGUCUCCAUCAAGUGGGUGUCCUGCGUCAGCCUGCAGGCUCUGCACGAGGCUCUGGCGGGACGACUGCCAAGCGUCCCGUUUGAGACCGUCCAAGCCCUGGAUGUGGUCAUGAGACAUUUACCUUCUAUGAGGUACACCCCAGUGGGCCGUUCUUUCUUCACUCCCUCAGAAGGAUGUUCGAACCCCCUCGGCGGUGGUCGAGAGGUGUGGUUUGGCUUCCACCAGUCUGUCAGGCCUUCCCUUUGGAAGAUGAUGCUCAACAUCGAUGUUUCAGCCACUGCGUUCUACAAAGCCCAGCCAGUAAUCGAGUUUAUGUGUGAGGUCUUGGAUUUCAAAAGCAUCGAGGAACAACAGAAGCCCUUAACCGACUCUCAGCGAGUCAAGUUUACAAAAGAAAUUAAAGGCCUGAAGGUGGAGAUCACUCACUGUGGGCAGAUGAAGAGGAAGUACAGAGUUUGCAACGUGACCAGAAGGCCAGCCAGCCACCAAACGUUCCCUCUGCAGCAGGAAAACGGCCAAACCAUUGAAUGCACAGUAGCACAGUACUUCAAAGACAAAUACAAGCUCAUCCUGAGAUACCCCCACCUCCCGUGUCUACAGGUGGGACAGGAGCAGAAACACACCUACCUACCUCUUGAGGUGUGUAACAUCGUGGCAGGACAGCGCUGCAUCAAAAAGCUGACCGACAAUCAGACCUCGACUAUGAUUCGUGCCACAGCUCGAUCGGCACCGGACCGCCAGGAUGAGAUCAGUAAACUGAUGAGGAGUGCCAACUUCAACACUGACCCUUACGUACGUGAAUUCGGAGUGAUGGUGAGGGAUGAGAUGACAGAAGUAAAUGGCAGAGUCUUACAAGCACCUUCCAUUCUGUACGGAGGCAGGAACAAAGCAAUAGCCACACCGAUCCAAGGAGUCUGGGACAUGAGGAACAAGCAGUUCCACACUGGCAUUGAGAUCAAGGUGUGGGCCAUCGCCUGCUUCGCACCGCAGAGACAGUGCACUGAACUCCUGCUCAAAGCAUUCACAGAUCAGCUGAGGAAGAUCUCAAGGGAUGCAGGGAUGCCCAUCCAGGGUCAGCCGUGCUUCUGUAAAUACGCCCAGGGAGCGGACAGCGUGGAGCCCAUGUUCAGGCACCUCAAAUACACCUACCAGGGCCUCCAGCUGGUGGUCGUCAUCCUACCCGGAAAGACACCCGUCUACGCUGAGGUGAAACGUGUCGGGGACACGGUACUUGGCAUGGCCACGCAGUGUGUGCAGGUGAAGAACGUUCAAAAAACAACACCUCAGACCCUCUCCAACCUCUGUCUGAAGAUCAACGUCAAGCUGGGUGGUGUCAACAACAUCCUCCUCCCACAGGGCAGGCCGUUGGUGUUUCAGCAGCCGGUGAUCUUCCUUGGUGCAGAUGUGACUCACCCUCCUGCAGGAGAUGGCAAAAAGCCUUCAAUCGCUGCCGUCGUGGGUAGUAUGGAUGCCCACCCUAGCAGAUACUGCGCCACAGUGCGGGUGCAGCAGCACCGUCAGGACAUCAUCCAGGACCUGGCCACCAUGGUGAGGGAGCUGCUCAUCCAAUUCUACAAAUCGACCCGCUUCAAGCCGACCAGAAUCAUCUACUACCGUGAUGGCAUCUCUGAGGGCCAAUUCAACCAGGUCCUUCAGCAUGAGCUGCUGGCGAUCCGCGAGGCCUGCAUCAAACUAGAGAAGGAUUACCAGCCUGGUAUCACCUUUGUGGUGGUGCAGAAGAGACACCACACGAGACUGUUCUGCAUGGACAGAAACGAGAGGGUUGGGAAAAGUGGCAACAUUCCUGCAGGCACCACGGUGGACACCAAAAUCACUCAUCCAUCAGAGUUUGACUUCUACCUUUGCAGUCACGCUGGAAUUCAGGGUACCAGCCGGCCGUCUCAUUAUCACGUGCUCUGGGACGACAACCACUUCACGUCAGAUGAACUGCAGGUCCUCACAUACCAGCUCUGCCACACUUAUGUGCGCUGCACCCGGUCAGUCUCCAUCCCAGCACCAGCUUACUACGCCCAUUUGGUGGCUUUCAGGGCUCGCUAUCACUUGGUGGACAAAGAACAUGACAGCGCCGAGGGCAGCCACACAUCAGGCCAGAGCAACGGGCGGGACCAACAGGCUUUGGCAAAGGCCGUUCAGAUCCACCAGGACACCCUGCGCACCAUGUACUUUGCCUGAGACCGCAAAAACCCCGGAGGUCGGCGUGGGUGAGACCCCACUGAUGUUACACACUACCCCCUCGCUGUCUCACCGUCAGCUGUAGAUAGCGCCACAGUGGUGAUCUCCCUACAUGAGAGACCUAUCAGUUGACCAUGUGU